AUCGAAGAACUUUUCUCCAAAUUGAAGUUUUAUGUGAAAAGGGAAUAUUUAGAUGACACGCCAACUCUUUUGAGAAAGAUGGAGGAAGGUUUGAGAACUAUCAGUGCUUCUGAUUGUCAAGGAUGGGUCUCACACUCGAUGUCGUACUUCCCAAGGUGCAUUGUCAAGGAGGAUAUG